AGUAGUAUCUACGCUUUUGGGGUUGCUAUGCAACAAUACAAAAUGGCAGGUAACGAAGAUGAAGCAAUUGAAUCUAAAAGAGUUUUCGUUAACUACUGCGAUACUUAUCAAGGGAAAAAUGUGGCAAAGUACCUAUCGCAAUGUGUGGUCGGAGCUUCCUUGGAUGAGAUUGAAGAAGAAGAGGAGGAAACUGGCUCAGUAGCCAGUGGAGAUAUGGAUAGAAAGACGAAAGAAGGGUGUUAUCAAGUUAUAAGCUCCUUUCUUGAUCGGGAAAAAGACAAAAUUAGAGACAAGCCUUCCUUUGUUAAAGAGAUUUUACAGUACAGAAACAGAGAACAACUUUUAGAACAUUUAAUUGAGUGCGAUAUGAUAGUUUAUGAUAUAACUGAACAGCCAGAAAUUAUAGAUGAAGCUAUCUGGGUUGUUUCUGAACUUCACGCCGACUUAGACCGAUUGGAAAAACCUAAAAUGUUUGUACUGAUAUCGUCAGCAAUGACAUGGGCCAACAGCAAACCAUUGGAUCCUGACGAUACAGAAAUUCCAUUCACUGAAGAAGAUUAUAGAAGAAGAAGGGCUCAUCCCAAUUGGAAAGAUCAUAUAAAUGCGGAGAAAACUGUUAUUAAAUUGGGUAAGACCAAUAAAUCAAAACUUGCGACUUAUGUCAUAGCUUCCGGACUAACGUAUGGUGCUGAAGAAAAUAUCUUUCAUUAUCUCUUUAAGGCUGCUUGGCACAAUGCGGAACACUUACAUGUUUUCGGAGCUGGUCAGAAUUGUAUUCCCACAAUUCAUAUCCGCGAUCUUGCUGCCGUUAUUCAAAACAUUUUGGAUUCCAGACCUAAAAUUCGAUAUCUAAUUGCGGCUGAUGAUUCUAAGCACACCUUGGAAGAGAUAGUAAAAGCUGUUUCUAAGGCAUUGGGAACUGGUAAAAUAAAGCAUAUUGCUAAAGAAGAUGCUCUGUUAAGCAAAGAUAUUCAGCAAGCUGAUUUUGAUCAAUUACUCGUUAAUUUGAGGAUGGAUGGGGUAUUUAUUAGAGAGAAUAUGCAUAUACGUUGGGCUAGUGAGACUGGUAUAUUGGAAAAUAUUGAUACGAUUGUUAGGGAAUACAGAGAAUCCAGAGCUCUACAACCACUGAGAAUACUUAUCCAUGGUCCUCCCUGCUCUGGAAAAUCAACAAUAGCAUCUCAAUUAUGUAAACAUUAUAAAUUGCAUCAUAUUAAAAUAGCAGAUGUUAUUGCGGAAUCUAAGGAAAGAUUAAAAAAAUCGGCUGCAAGAGCUCAAAUCGACGAAGCCGAGGAGGAGGAAGACGAUGGAACAGCGGCCGAAGAUGAAGAAUUACUAGCAGCCAUAGACGAAGAUGAGAAGACUAACGAUGGUCGUAUUAGCGAUGAAUAUAUUCUUCGAUUGGUCAAGCAAACAUUAAAAUCUGUUAGAUGUCAAAAUCAAGGCUUUAUUCUCGAUGGAUUCCCUAAGACAAUUGACCAGACAAAGGACCUAUUUGCUAACGAAGAUGAAGAUGCUGAGGAAGAGACUGGAGCCAUCAAAUACGAUAAAACUAUAACACCCGAAUUUGUCAUAUCUCUACAGGCGGAUGAUGAAUUUUUAAGAAAUCGGGUUAUGAAUUUACCUGAAAGCGUUGUCGUGCAAAAUCAUACCGAUGAAAAGGGUCUUUUAAGGCGUUUAAAAACCUUCCUUGAAACAAACGGAGAUGAUGUAACAAUGUUAAAUUUCUUUGAAGAAAAUGAGAUUCACGCUGAGACAAUAGAUAUAACUCAAGACAAGACUAUUGAUAAUAAAAUGAUAAUUUCAAGAAUAUUAAAAAAAGUCGGAGAACCAAGAAACUACGGACCAACACAAGAUGAAAUUGAAGAGAAAAAGAGAAGAGAAGAAGAAGAAAGACUUAAGAAGGAGGAGGAAGACAAAAGAGAAAGGGAACGACAAGAAAAGGAGGAGGCUGCUGAGAGAAAACGUCGUCAAGACGAAUGGACUGAAAGGUUGAAUGAUGUCAAAAGACAGGAGCACGAAAUGUUGGAAACGCAAUCAAUACCUCUUCGUAAUUAUCUAAUGAAGCACGUAAUGCCAACUUUAACACAGGGAUUGAUAGACGCCUGUAAAGUAAGACCUGACGACCCCAUUGAUUUCUUGGUAAAUGAAUUUUAUAUUCGGAUUAAUUCAAUGGCACGUAUUUGCGGUUUGUCAUCCCUUUUAUUCUUAUUUUUCAGGCCGAGUACUUGUUCCAUAACAAUCCGCAAGUAGACUGAAUAUAAAGAGAAGAUAAAAGGAAAGAGACGCUUUAAACGUAUUUGAUAAAAUGCUAAAUGAAAGAGAAAUAAACAAAAUCACUAAUAUUGCCUUUCAGAAUUUUGAUAUAUAAAUUUACAUAUACACAAUAUAUAUAUAUAUAUAUAUAUUUAGAAAAAGGGAAAGUUUCCC